AUGAAACAAACAUCUCUAGAAGUAAAAGAAUUCGCUCUUAAUCUUAUCAGCCAAUUUGAACCAGAAAACCAACCACUUGGUUUUUGGAUUUUUGAUACUGAAGGUGUUGAAAAAGCAGUUGAAAGAUGGAAAAAGAAUAUGCCAACAGUUAGACCUUGCUUUGCUGUUAAAUGUAAUCCUGAACCUCAUUUAGUUAAGCUUUUAGGUGAAUUAGGAUGUGGUUUUGAUUGUGCUUCAUUGAAUGAAAUAAAAGAAGUAUUAGACCUUGGAUUUAAUCCUGAAGACAUUACAUAUUCACAAACUUUCAAACCAUAUAAUCAAUUAAUUGAAGCAAGUCAUUUAGGAAUUAAUCAUACAAUUGUAGAUUCAAUUGAUGAAGUUCAAAAAAUUGCAAAAUAUGCACCAAAAAUGGGUAUAAUGAUAAGAAUUAUGGAAAAUGAUACAUCAGCAGGUCAUGUAUUUGGAGAGAAAUUUGGACUUCAUGAUGAUGAGGUUGAAAUAGUUUUAAAAGAAAUUAAAGACAAAGGAUUAAAUUUAGAUGGAGUCCAUUUUCAUGUUGGAAGUGAUUCUCAUAAUAGUGAAGUUUUUACUAAAGCAUUAACUAAAGCAAGAAACACUGUUACAUUAGCAGAACAAUUUGGAAUGAAACCAUAUUUAAUUGAUAUUGGAGGAGGAUUUAGUCAAGUUGCUCCAUUUGAAGAAUUUGCAGCAACAAUUGAAAAAACAAUAAAAGAAUUAGAGUUUCCAGAAAGAACAAGAUUUAUUGCAGAACCUGGAAGAUAUAUGGCAUCUAAUGCAUUUCAUCUUGUUAGUUCUUUACAUGGUAAAAGAGUAAGAAUACAGAAUGGAAAGAAACAAAUUGAAUAUACUUCAGGUGAUGGUUUACAUGGAAGUUUUGGAUGUUGUAUUUGGUUUGAAAAACAAAAAAGUUGUGAAUGUAUUACACAAAAAGUUAAUGAAAAUACUAAAAUGUAUGAAAGUAUUAUUUAUGGACCUUCUUGUAAUGGAAGUGAUAAAGUAGCAACUCAAGAACUACCAGAAAUGGAGCCAGGGAAAGAUUGGUUAUUAUUUCCCAAUAUGGGUGCUUAUACAAUUUCUAUGGCAACUAACUUUAAUGGAUUUGAAGAAAGAAAUCAUGUCAUUUAUACUUUACCAUUAAAGUCAACAAAAAUUAUUCAAAUCCCUAAGUCAAUUGAAUGUAACUCAGUUCCAUCAUUAAAUGGUAUUCCACACUAUGCUUAA